AUGAACAAUGAGGGACAUUCAUCUGGUGGUAGUACCUCAUCUCUACCGUGGCCUAUUAUUGGCGUGGCUGUUGGAGUAUUUAUUCUUGUUGUCUUCUGUGUGAUAGCUCUUCUGUGUUACAGAAAGAGAAGAUCACAGAAAAUCCCAAGUGGAAUCAAGGGAAUAGAUGAACAGAUUCCUUUAUUAGCCAGAGAGAAACCAUUCUACAAAACUUCUACUUUCCAUGAGGCAGUUCGUUUUCUCAAAGAUGGUGGGAAAAUUCUGUGUUUGACAGGAAAACGGGGUUCGGGGAAAUCGACAACAGCUAAAGAAGUGUAUAUGUCCUGUACAGGAGUGAAACCGAUUUUAAUAGAGGACAUACUGAUGUUUGAUGUGAGUAGUUGCCAGGAAUCUGUUAUCGUGGAGGAACCAUUGCCAAGAGAGGACAUUUCUGACAUAGAAAAAAGUAAUCGUAUAGAAAAAAUUAUUGCAUUGUGCAAACAUAUGCAGAAAACAAAUCAAACAUUCUUGAUUAUUACUUCAACGAAGGAGUUUUGGGGAACUAUUGCACAUGAAAUAAAAAAAUGUGACUUUCAUGAAAAUGGCUUUCGAUGUAUUGAUCUUGAUUGGAAGAACUUAUCGAAAGGAGAUAGGAUUCAAAUCUUUCACACAAUUUUUCAGUUUUACAAUCCGGAUAAACCAUUCUCUAUGGUAGAAAGCUUUGUUUCAGAAUUAGAUAUCAUUUAUGUUGGAUUCCCGGAAAUCUGCACACUGUUUUCUAAAUGUUCGGAUUUUCAGAAAACAGGGAAAAUAUUUUUUAGUCGACCACUGCGUUAUUUAAGUUCCUAUCUUGAAAAAUUGUGUCAAACUUCAAAUGUAAAAGAUAAAUUUUUAUUACUAGUGUAUAUGAGUUUAAAUGAUAUGAAAAUAGACGUGAACAAAUCGAACAACAAGCUUUGGGAAAUGUUCAGAUCAUGUGGUCUUGAUACUGACAAUGUGGAUCUUACAUCAAUCAUACCGAUGGAAUUUGUUGUGGAAGAAGAACCAUCAGUCUUUGUGAUACAACACGAAAUUAUAAAACGAAUGACUCUUAUAACUUUUGGAAAGUUGUUUUUCUCAGAAUUACUUAAGUUUUCAUCGAGGGAAGAUCUGGAAGGCUGGAUAAAGCGCAGGAAGAAAAAGAUUUUGACACCAUUCGUAGAAUGCACACACCAAGCGUCGGAGAUAAAGCCAAUUCUUGAAAUUGGUGAUGAGCAAUGGGUUGAAUUUAAGAGGAAAAUGGGAAUAUCAAUCCAGUCAGAAUGUGAAAAAAAUAUUAAAUAA